AUGCUUCCUUUUGGAGUGGCACAGGAGCCCAGACCACUCUUUUACGGCAACGCAGGUUUUCGAUUGCACUUCCCAGCACAUUUUGAACUGAGUGAAGCUCAAGAGGCAAGUGGAUCACUACCAGAGAGAGAGAUGCAGAACGGGAGGGAUCUGCUUCCCAGGCAGCCUCUGGCAGCACACAGCAUGGAGGCCUGCAUCGGCCACAGGUUGCAGGUGAUAGGAGACCAGUUCCACCGCGAUCAUCUACAACGGUAUUACCAAAACCAUCUGCACCAGCGCCCGGUGUGGUGGCGUCUGGCGACAGCUCUGCUCAGCCUCCUGUUUGGCCGGGGAGGACGAGGCGCGGUGGGGCAGAGUCACAUUUACUCUCUGCUUGUGAGCGUGUUGGUGAGGGAGGAGGGAAGCAGUGGUGGUUCCUGGGCCAUCUCGAGGGGGAGGGGGAGAGCUGUGGUGGGUCGGGGGGGCUCCGGAGCCUGUGGGGGUGUGGUUGAGGUGCACUGA